UUUUUUCGCCAGAGCGGCGCGGCUCAAGAUGGCGGUACAGAUCUCCAAGAAGCGAAAGUUUGUGGCUGAUGGAAUCUUCAAAGCCGAACUGAACGAGUUUUUGACUCGGGAGCUGGCUGAAGAUGGCUACUCCGGGGUGGAGGUCCGUGUUACCCCAACCAGGACCGAAAUCAUCAUCCUUGCUACCAGAACUCAGAACGUCCUGGGGGAGAAAGGACGCCGGAUUCGCGAGCUGACGGCCGUGGUUCAGAAGCGAUUUGGAUUCCCGGAGGCCAGCGUGGAGCUCUAUGCUGAGAAAGUGGCCACCCGAGGACUCUGCGCCAUCGCCCAAGCCGAAUCCCUGCGAUACAAGCUUCUGGGAGGCCUGGCUGUGCGUAGGGCGUGUUACGGCGUCCUCCGUUUCAUCAUGGAAAGUGGAGCCAAGGGAUGCGAAGUGGUAGUGUCCGGCAAACUCCGUGGCCAGCGCGCCAAGUCCAUGAAGUUUGUGGAUGGGUUGAUGAUCCACAGCGGGGACCCCGUCAACUACUACGUGGACACUGCCGUGCGCCACGUCCUCCUCAGGCAGGGUGUGCUGGGUAUUAAGGUGAAGAUCAUGUUGCCCUGGGAUCCCAGUGGGAAGAUUGGGCCCAAGAAGCCCCUGCCGGACCACGUCAGCAUCGUGGAGCCCAAAGAAGAGAUUCUGCCCACAACGCCCAUCUCGGAGCAGAAGGGCACCAAGCCAGAGCAGCCGCCGAUGCCCCAGCCGGUGCCCACGGCGUGAGAGGUUUUUGAUUUAAAACCUUGGAAGUUCCAUUAAAAAAAAACCUCUUAAAUAAAUUUUUAAAAAGCC